AUGGAAGAGCACAACGUUGUUGUGGACUCGGGUCCUCCAGAUCAUCUCUCUGACAGUCUACAAUUGCGAGGACAAAUUUCAAGUUCUACGCACGCCUUGGGCCUCAAGUAUCGGGAAAAGAUACGGGAAAUUCAAGAAACGAGCGAGUUGGCAACCAAUCGUCAUCAGAUCAAGACGCUUGUUGUCAGGUUGUUGGCCAUCGUGGCCAUUGACGCUAAAGGCGAGAAGGAUGCCCUACCUCCCUCCAGAGAUAUGGGAAAAGAUACUCGAUUCAUCUCCUCUCAAAGACACCUUCCCGAUGCGUCUGUCCAAUCUUAUCGACUCGUAGAAAGUCGACGAAAAGCAUUGAGGCUGGUAUGCAAUACCUGGAAGGAGCUCCUAGACCGUCGGCAUCAACGGUGGCUGCUCGAAGGGUCAGACAUUCCCGAGGGAGAAUUGACAGGAUUAGAGAGGAUUGACUUCUCUCUCACACUGAGUUUCAUGUAUAGCCAACGGUUCGGGAACGGUCAAAAGGACAUACAUUUGGUGCUGA